CGAUAACGCCACUAUUUUCAGUCACUUGCAGGGAUGUUCUGGGGUUUAACACCAGCACUAGAUUUACUCAAAGAACUGGAAGACCACGAUGGUAAUCUUCCCGAAGAGAUCAACAUUCUCAUUGUUGGUGGUGCAGAUGCCAGACACGUAUUACAAACGGUCGCCAAAAGAUACCGGCACAAAAGCCCGAAAAUAAACUUUUACCUGGCGGAAGCUUGUGUAGAAACCGUGGCCAAACAGCUGCUGCUGCUGAAUAUUGCUCUGCAGCCAGAUAAUGUUUUGGGCCUCGAACAGAAAACCAAGGUGUUCAUGGAGCUGUACGGCAACACCAUGGUGAGGCCGUCCGUAGCAAAGUACUUGGCGUCGGUUGCUCAUGAACUGGUUAAAAUGGUCACCAACUACGACUACCUGAACAAAUUAAUGAGUUGCGUAACUCUCGAUAUUAAAUACAAAGAAAGGGACUAUCUGGAAAAUCUUUUGAAGUUUUGGUGUGGCAAGGAGGAGUUCGACAUAUGCCACUCGUGGGACAGGCGUUUGCGAAAUUUCCUCGGCGUUAGAUAUGACUCAAGAAUGGGAUCUUUCGAUUGGGAUCUUCACAUGCGUUUUCACACAAUAGGCGGCAAACAGGUCUGUCCGCAGGAGUACAAGAACUUCAGACUGAACGGCAUCGCGUUCUCGUGGUUGGAAUCCGAGGUUUCGAAACCGAAUCGAUCGAUGGUCUGCGGAAUAAUACCGAACGGUGACAAGUACCUGCAUCACGGCUACUUAGGCGAUAUGCAGACCGGACCGUUCGUCAGCUUUGGCUUGAGCUGCGAGGAUAAGGACUUCAUGAAGUCGACGAACGGACUGAAUUCGUUUAGGGCGACCGACGUUACCGAGCGUAACUUGAAGCAGAUAUUUUAUGAGUUGAUGUACCAAGAGGAAUACGAACACCAUAAGAUUACGGAUUAUCUAAUGGGUACCAUGGUUAUAAAGGAUGAGAAGCUUAUUGUAGAUCUGAAAGGUGUGGAUGUUGUUGCUAAACCCGGAGCCCGGUGUGUGCAACUUGAAAACGUUAAAAUAAAGUUCGUAUCAAUAUCUAAUUUGAAGACGAUGGAAUACAAGGAAGAGUACAAAGACAUGUUUCAUUUGAUAUACUUUGGAAGUACAUAUCUCAAGUACAUCACCAAGCCAUUACUAGAAAAUAUUGCCAAAAUUAACUCGUUGAUUCUUCUUGAAAACCAACUUUUUGUACUGAGUAAAAGGAAAAAGGAAUUGGAAGAACAUGCCAAAGAUAUUGAUAGUAAAAUGGAGAGUUUAGAUUGGCGCAAACUUCAUUUUGAAGUGGAAGAAAGUAAUUAUGUAAAAAUAGUACGCAAUAAAUAAAGUUUAUUCAA